GGGGCUGGACAAAGACAGAAGAAAUCCUAACCUAACGCCAAAGAUAACUGCGGGACAAGCCACACAAAUUAACUCAAAUUAUAAAAAAUCAAGAAGAGAGAGAGGAAGGCACUUUACUACUUUUUUAUAUUGCACGCAUUCAUGGCAAAGAAGAGAGAGUACUAGUCUACUCUAUAUGGACUGGACAAGAAAAGAAGAAGAAAACUUUACCCAUUUCUCCAUACCCAUUAUCCACUGCACAACAGACAUUUUCCCUUCAGAUUAACUAUAACCAAAAAAAAAAAGUUACAUAAAUGCAAGUAUACGGAUUCUUGACUUUCUGGAUCCAAUAACUGAUAUUUUGUAUUUUAAAGCUGGAGGGAGGAUUUGGUUUUCUGGGUUUGAUUAUUGGAUGAAGGGGAUGCCCUUACCCUUUGAAUUUGAGGGGAAGGGGGUGGAUUUAGAGCUUCUUGUUUUCAAUAAUAAUAAUUUUAGGGCUAAUUCACCUUGGUGGGAGAGCAAUAAUUUGAACGAUAAUUGUUUUUUGAAUAGCUGUAGUGAGCCUGCAUCUGUACUUGAUAUUGCAAGUAGUCCCAGCGGGGCUAUAUCUAUAUCUUCGUCAACUCUGUCUUCAUCUUUAGGAGGCGGCGUAGACAUAGCUGGUGGGGGGGCUGCUUCCACUGACACGGCCGGGGUGGCGGCAGUUCCAGGGAAUAACGAGAAAAAUCCAUCCUUGAAAUGGCGGCAAGACUCAACUACUGCCACCAGCUCGAAUACGGGAGUUGAUUCUGAGUUACUGCCCGUUCCUCCAUCUCUUGAGAUUGGGACUGCCACCACGGGAACCUCCGCCGGAAAAUGUGCUAUGGACGAGUGGGAGAGCGUGUUUUCGGAGUCAGCCGUCGCCUCGCCAAGCCAAGAACAGUCCAUUCUGCGGUGGAUCAUGGGGGAUGUGGAUGACCCGGAAAUCAGCCUGAACAAGGUUCUUCAAUUUGGGACUGCCCCACCGCCUCCCAUGGCGGAGUCCGAGUUCAACGGUGGUUUUGGGGUGGUGGAUCAAGCCUUUGGUGCGGACACAGUUGGUCAGAUUGGUUCAAAUUUUGGGCAUGACUCUAGCUCCCCCAGCAACAGAUCCAACAGUGAAAAAAUUGGUUUGUUUUCGAAUUCAUCUUCAAACCAAUCAAAUAUUUCCAAGUUCCCCAACUCUCAGAAUAACAUUUUUUCUUCAGUGCCCAACAAUCUUGGACCCGUUACAACUCCAUUUGGUUUUGCAGAAAUGGAGGCUCCCAUUUUCACCCCACAGAUGUUGGUAAACCACCAAAAUCAACAUCCACAAAACCCAUCAUUUUUCUUGCCAUUGCCAUAUGCAAACCAACAGGAACAGAAUCCAUUCAAGCCACCCCAGGCAAAAAGGCACAACCCGGGGGCUGUCGGAAAAGGGCUCGAGCCAGACGGUCAGAUACAGAAAGGGCAGUUUUCAGUCCCCGGGCAAGAGCUGUUGAUGGGAAGACAACUCCAGCAGCAGCAGCCAAUGUCUCAUCAGUUUCAGUUACUUCCCCAUUAUCUGCAGCAAAGGCCACCGGCUGCAAUGGGACCAGGAUCAAAGCCGAAAAUUGGUGGGGAUGAUUUAGCAUAUUGCCAUCAGCAACAGCAACAGCAACAACAGGCUAUAAUUGAUCAGCUUUACAAGGCAACAGAGCUGGUCCAGAUGGGGGAUUUAAUACUGGCACAAGAGAUAUUGGCGCGGCUCAAUCACCAGCUCUCUCCCACUGGUAAGCCUUUCCAUCGGGCUGCUUUCUAUUGCAAGGAGGCGUUGCAAUUGAUUAUUCAUAAUAACAACAAUACAAUUCCCUCUAGUGCCACUGCGCCACAUUUUAGUCUCAUUUUCAAGAUUGGUGCCUACAAAUCUUUCUCUGAGAUCUCACCCCUAGUACAAUUUGCAAAUUUUACUUGCAACCAAGCCCUUCUUGAAGUCCUGGAAGGAUUUGGUAGAAUUCAUAUUGUGGAUUUUGAUAUUGGUUAUGGUGGGCAAUGGGCUUCACUAAUGCAGGAGCUUGCAUUAAGGAGUGAUGGUGCUCCCUCUCUUAAAAUCACUGCAUUUACGUCUCCCUCAACCCAUGAUCAGCUAGAGCUGAGCCUCACUCGGGAAAAUCUAAUUCAUUUUGCUAAUGAAAUCAAUGUUGCGCUUGAGUUUGAGGUUAUGAGUAUUGAUUAUUUGAAUUCUGGUUCAUGGUCUCUGCCUUUUCAAGUAUCAGAGAGUGAGGCAAUAGCAGUAAAUCUCCCAGUUGGUUCCCUUGCCAGUUAUCAAUUAUCAGUUCCGUUGGUUCUUCGGUUUGUUAAGCAUCUGUCCCCUAAAAUUGUGGUUUCUGUGGACAGAGGAUGUGAUAGGAUUGACCUACCGUUUCCUAAUCAUAUAAUUCAUGCUCUUCAAUCCUAUUCGAACCUUCUUGAGUCUCUAGAUGCUGUCAAUGUGAAUACAGAUACUCUACCAAAUAUUGAAAGGUUCUUGCUCCAACCAGGACUUGAGAAAAUUGUAAUGGGGCGUUUUCGUGCUCCUGAAAAGACACAGCAUUGGAGGACUUUGUUUUUGUCAUCGGGAUUCUCCCCCAUAACAUUUAGCAAUUUCACAGAAUCACAAGCUGAGUGUGUGGUGAAGAGGACUCCUGUUCGAGGAUUCAACGUUGAGAAAAGGCAGUCUUCACUUGUUCUUUGCUGGCAACGGAAGGAGCUUAUCUCGGCAUCGGCUUGGAGAUGCUAAAACUAUUAGUAUAUUUCACAAUUCAGAUUUAUUGCUAAGAUCCUUUUAUCCUGUAAUCAUCUUCUGGUUCGGUUGACAUGUGGCCAGUAGAAUGAAUCGGACUUUUGUUGUUUCUUUUGGACUGUAUACUUAUUGGCUUGUCUUAGCCAUGAAAAAUGGGGUUGCUCAGGACAGUAAAUGCGAGAUAAUAUCCUUUGAUUUCGGGUAUUGUAGGUCUUAGCCAUCGGAUGUUGGCCAAAAUUCCGUUUAGUACAUGUAUCUAGAGAAUUACGCGCUCUUUCAAUACACUUGCUACUUUAAUUAU